CCUAAUUGAUCAACGCUGGAAGCUUAGAGAAGUCCCUGGUUAUGUUAAAACCAGUGACAUAUUGGAGACUCUUCUCAACUGUUAGGAUUCCCAGUGUAAGGAUUUGUUUGCUGCCGGCACUGACACAACUUCCAACACACUGGAAUGGCGAUGGCCGAACUCCUCCAGAAUCCUGAUGCCUUAUCAAAAGCCCAGUUAGAGCUGGAGGAAACUAUAAGCAAAGGGAACCCAGUUGAGGAAUCAGACAUCACUCAGUUGCCUUACUUACAAGCAAUCAUCAAAGAAACUUUGAGAUUGCAUCCGCCAGCACCCUUUUUGAUUCCCCACAAAUCCUCCACAGACAUGGAAAUCAACGGCUUCACAAUCCCAAAGGACGCCCGAUUUUUAGUGAAUGCAUUUACAAUUGGCAGAGACGAAUAUUUAUGGGAUGACCCCAAUACUUUUUUCCCGGAAAGAUUCUUGUGGUCCAAUGUUGAUGUCAAAGGGUGGGGGACGACGAAUCUGCCCUGGAUUGCCAGUGGCAAUCAGAAUGCUACGUUUAAUGUUGGCCUCGCUUCUUCACGCCUUUGAUUGGAAGCUUGAAGAUGGCAUUACGCCGGAAGAAAUGGACAUGGAAGACAAAUUUGGCAUCACUCUACAGAAGGCAAAGCCGCUUCUUGCCAUCCCUGCCGCGUGCAAAUAGAACAAGUUUUACUUGGUAGCAAAUAAAUGAUCUUCAUAUUUUCAAGUUUAUAAGUCA